AUGGCUUCGAAGGGAGCCGUUUUGCCUCUGCUGAGGUGCGAACUGCGACCUGCUCCCUCGCGGCUUUCCAGAGCCUCCUCGUCUCUAUCCUCGUUUGCCUUGUCCGUGCGGAGAUCCAACAGCUCGCUGUCCGGUCGCAGAACCUCUCGUCAUGCCGCACUCUUCACUCCCAGUCGCACCCCCGGUCAGAUUCGGACCUUUUCGCAGUCGCUAUCGAGACAACUCACGGACGAGCAUGGCAACUUUGACCCCCGUCAGGUGGAGCGAGAAUCGGACGAGGUUGAUGUGUGCAUUGUUGGUGGUGGCCCUGCUGGUCUUGCCGCUGCGAUUCGGUUGAAACAGCUCGCCAACGAAGCUGGAAAUGAGGAAUUUCGCGUGAUUGUUCUAGAGAAGGCUGGAGAGCUAGGUGCCCAUAUUCUGUCGGGUAAUGUUCUCCAACCGACCGCCAUGAACGAGCUCCUUCCAGACUGGCUGUCUGAGGAGAACCCCUCCCGAUUCGAAGGCGCCACGCCCGCCAAAGACGACAAGAUGCGCUUCUUGACUGAAAAAUCGGCCUUCCCCAUCCCUGCGCCGCCGCAGAUGAACAAUCACGGCAACUACAUUAUUAGCUUGAACGAGCUGACGAAAUGGAUGGGCGAGCGCGCUGAGGAGCUGGGAGUGGAGAUCUAUCCUGGCUUUGCCGCCAGUGAGCUGGUCUACAAGUCCGACGGCUCAGUCCUCGGUGUUGCAACGAACGAUCUCGGCGUCGGCCGGGAUGGCAAGGCGAAGGAUAACUUCGAACGGGGCAUGGAAUUCCACGCGCGCAUCACCCUUCUCGCGGAAGGUUGCCACGGCAGUUUGACGAAACAGGUGAUCAAAAAAUAUGACCUUCGGCGCGACAGCCAGCCUCAAACAUAUGGUAUCGGAUUGAAGGAGAUUUGGGAGAUCCAGCCGGAGAAGUUCAAGCCCGGUGAAAUCGUCCACUCCAUGGGUUACCCGCUUCCCAAGGACACCUACGGCGGUGCAUGGAUGUAUCACUUUGGCGACAACAUGGUCAGCAUUGGUCUGGUGGUCGGCCUGGACUACCCCAACCCCUGGCUGUCUCCGUAUGGCGAGUUCCAGAAACUCAAGCACCACCCUCUUUUCAAGGAAGUUUUGGAGGGCGGUAAGUGCAUCUCCUACGGUGCCCGAGCUCUGAAUGAGGGUGGCUUCCAGUCUAUUCCCAAGUGUGCCUUCCCUGGAGGUGCUCUGAUUGGUGACACCGCUGGCUUUUUGAACGUCCCCAAGAUCAAGGGUACCCACACCGCGAUGAAGUCCGGCAUGCUGGCUGCGGAGUCUGCGUUCUCAGCUCUGAAGGAUGACGACAAGGGAACGGUUUUCAUGUUCGACUACGAGGACGCCCUUCGCAAGUCGUCUAUUUGGAAAGAACUGUACGAGGUCCGGAACAUGCGCCCUUCUUUCAGCACCCGGCUUGGCCUCUACGGUGGUAUUCUCUACUCGGGUCUCGAGGCCUACCUGUUCAAGGGUAAGAUGCCAUGGACGCUGAAGCACCACGGCACGGAUGCCGCGGCCACCAAGCCCGCCUCGGAAUGCGAGAAGAUCGAGUACCCCAAGCCGGAUGGGGUGAUCAGUUUCGAUAUCCUGACCAGCGUGAGCCGGACCGGUACCAACCACGAGGAGGACCAGCCGGUGCACCUGCAGGUGGAGGACUGGGACAAGCACAAGGACGCCGCGUGGCCGAAGUACAAGGGCGUGGAAAACCGAUUCUGCCCCGCCGGCGUGUACGAAUAUCUGGAGGAUCCGAGCAAGGAGCACGGCGUUCGGUUCCAGAUCAAUGCUCAGAACUGCAUCCACUGCAAGACGUGUGAUAUCAAGGUGCCGACGCAAGAUAUCAACUGGCAAACGCCUCAGGGUGGAGAGGGCCCCAAGUACUUUAUGACAUAG